AUGGAAGAAACGAGGGUAGUCAUUCAAAAGGAAGAGAAAAUUAAACUGGAGAUUUUGAGGAGAAAUGAAAAUGUUUUAGGAAUGCAUGGAUAUGGUGAUGUGGAAAACUGGAAAACUGGAAGCGUGGGCAGUCAGGUAAUUUAUCAGCUUUACCUUCUUUCUGGCGGAGAAAUAGUGAAAUACAAGGCAACUAGGGAGUUGCAGGGAACAAGAGAAACACGGAUAGGAGGAGGAAUUCUAGUCUCUCCAAGCAGUUGUGCUGUUUUGAGAUUCGUGAAGAGGAUUUUCCAGAUAUCCUCGAUCAGGGAAGAAGAUUCAAUAAACUUUAGAAAAGUUUUCUCCCUCUUUGUAUGUGGAAAGGAAAAGACGGUUUGGGCCUUGCAAACUGAUUCGCAUGCAUUUAGAAGUCUUUUGUUGGUGGGUCAUUUUCAAAAACACUAUUUCUCAGAUUCGUCAAAGGAACAUUUCAAUCAUAGGCAGUUGGUUGGUUUGUCUGCAAAGGUUUCAUGCCUUACGAUUCUUUGUAGGACUUUCCCUAAAAAGGAAACCACGACAUUGGCUUCCCCAAAAGGCUUUCCUAAAAUGGCUGCGUUCUCGCGGAGCCUUUCCUCCAUUGCAGCCUCAGUGGUUUUACUAGCAAUGUUCCUGAUUUUUGCUUCUUGUCUUCUACCUUCAUAUCCAAUAAGUUCAACUGUUAAAGGGUAUUUUUAUGGUGUUGAUAGGAAAAUAGUCUUGCCUGCUUCUACCUUUGAUCAACGUGCUGAUAAGGAUGUAGAUUACAAUCAUAACAAUUCAUCAUCUGGGUCAAAUUUAGAACUGCACACAAUGAGUUCAAAUAGUACUGUUGUUGAUAAUAAUGAAAAUGCACAAGUAUCCAUUAGAUCUUCUGUUGAUAAGGAUUCGUUGCCUUCUGAGUCUAAUAAAGAGCUGCCUUCUAGUCCCAAAGGUUCAGAUGAUUCAAAAGACAAUGAGAUGCCAGAGAAACCUGUAGCACUGUCAGAACUGUCACCUAGAUCAACAGAAAAGGAGGUGGACACUUCCAGUUCUGCCUCUGGCAAUGCAUCUGAGGGCAAUUCAGUUGCUUCAGGCUGUGACCUGUACCAUGGAAACUGGUUCUAUGAUCCACAAGGGCCGUUAUACACCAACAACUCUUGCCCAGUCUUAACACAGAUGCAGAAUUGCCAGGGUAAUGGGAGAACUGACAAGGAAUAUGAGAAUUGGCGUUGGAAACCCUCUAAAUGUGAUCUCCCCAGAUUUGAUGCCAAAAAGUUUCUAGAGUUGAUGAGAGGAAAGACACUUGCUUUCAUUGGUGAUUCUGUAGCUCGAAAUCAGAUGGAAUCAAUGCUGUGUCUUCUCUGGCAGGUUGAAGUUCCAAAAAAUCAAGGAAACCGAAGAAUGCAACGGUGGUAUUUCAGGUCAACAUCUGUAAUGAUUGUCCGGAUAUGGUCCUCUUGGCUUGUCCAUCAAACAUCUGAAAAUUUUGACUUUGCUCCAGAGGGCGUUACCAAGCUGCAUCUUGAUGCGCCUGAUAAUAACUUCAUGGAAUUCAUCCCAAAGUUUGAUGUGAUUGUUAUUUCUUCUGGCCACUGGUUUGCCAAACAGUCUGUCUAUAUCUUGAGCAACGAGAUUGUGGGAGGACAAUUAUGGUGGCCAGAUCGUUCUCGUCCUAUGAAGGUCAAUAAUAUUGAUGCAUUUGGAAUAUCUAUUGAGACGAUUCUGUCUGCAAUUGUUACGCAUCCGAAUUACACAGGCCUGACCAUCGUACGUUCUUUUUCUCCUGAUCAUUAUGAGGGUGGAGCUUGGAAUACAGGUGGAUCAUGCACAGGGAAGGUAAAGCCUCUUGCAACCGGUGAAUUAGUGGAGAAUGGGUUUACAAAUAUAAUGCACAACAAACAGUUGACAGGUUUUGAACGUGCUGUUAAGAAAGCAACGAAUAAGUCCAAGUUGAGGUUGAUGGAUAUUACAGAAGCCUUUGGGUAUCGCCAUGAUGGGCAUCCUGGGCCCUACAGGAACCCCGAUCCAAAUAAGAUCACAAAACGUGGUCCUGAUGGAAAGCCUCCACCUCAAGAUUGCUUGCACUGGUGCAUGCCAGGUCCAGUUGAUACCUGGAAUGAAUUAGUGCUUGAAAUUGUAACAAGAGAAUUUGAGGGCGACCAAAACUUUUCAUCAUAAGGAUCAAUGUGUUUGAAUCCCACAUAAUUGUGAUUUUGUAAUUGAAACAGUAACAUAUUCGGUAAGAUGUAUGGUUAAAGUGAGGUAGAAGGGAGUUUGGGGGAGAAAUUACCUGUUGUCGCGGAUUGAAAUAUUGACAUCAUCCAUCAAUAUUGAGGUAUAUCAAAUGCCAGUGUAUUCACAUAGAUCUCACAUUCUUUUUUUUGAAA